AUGCUUCCCUACCUCUUUCCUGACCUCUCUGCCUUUCCCACUGGUGCUGACCUCAUUACGCACCUCCGCACUAGUGACACUCGCUACCGCGCCGCCCUUCCUGCUGAGUUCUGCGCUAAGAACCCACCCCCCAUGUACAUCGCUCUCUACUACGUAGUCGCGCGCCUCCCUGACUCCCUUCGCGUCGUCAGGGACCACUUUCUCGCAGUCUGCCCCACCACCCUCACCGUCGACCUCCUCGAGAAGGCCCUCCUCGCAGCGGAGAAGAGCAUAGUCGCUGUAGGUGCUUCUCGUGGUGACCCUCGCACCCCCAUCUUUGAGGGGUGCUCUCCUUCCCCUUUGCUGCCCUCUGUUGCCUCUGCUGCUGCUGCCGACCUGCUUGGUCUUGAGUCGGUCGGCGCGGCGUCUACCCCUAGUGGGAGACGUCGCUCUAGCAAGGGCAAGGGAGGCAAGGGCGCGGGUGGAGCUGGAGGGGGCGGUGGCGGUGGCGGCGAUGGCGGCGGAGGGAGUGGGGGUGGCGGCGGGACUAGUGGCGGGGGUGGUGGUGGUGGUGGCAGCAGCGGCGCAGACGGUGGUGGUGGUGCCAGCGGUGGUGGUGGAGGCAGCAGCGGAGGUGGAGGCGGCGGAGGUGGAGGCGGUGGAGGCGGCAGCGGAGGAGGCGGUGGUGGUGGAGGAGGUGGAGCUGGUCGAGGUGGUACCCAGCAGCGUAGCGGCGGUGGUGGUGGCCAGCGCUCGCACCGGCAGCAGCAGCAGCGCUCGCGGGACAUCCCUCCGCCUCAGCAGCUUUGUGAGUGGUACGCUGGGCGUCAGAGGGGUGGGGGUACUGGUCCCUGCACCUACGUUCUUCGUUCCGGCGACCGCGCGGGUGAGCAGUGUGGGGGUGCCCACGCCACCCAGCGCUGCUUUGGCCGCCUGACGGACGCUUGGCGUCGGCAGUUCCCUGGGGCUAGUGAGAUCCCUCGCUGGGAUGAGCUUCUAAGGGCUGGUGUAGCGAUCUUUGAUCUUGAUUUUGAUGCUAUCCUUGCUGCUAUGUAUGCUGUGGAUUAUACUGAGGAGAAUGAGGGUUACCGGUGGUGA